AUGACUGACAUACAUACAAAAUCCUUCCAGUUUUUCUUAUCUACUUAUUUUCUUCCUUCCAUUUUCUUUUUCUUUUUCUUCAUUCUCUCAUUUCCUUUCACAAUACUACACAUCUUUCUUUCUUUCUUUCUUUCUUUCUUUCUUUCUUUCUUCCUUUCUUUCUUUCUUCCUUUCUUUUCAUAUUUUCUCUACUUCCUUUCUUAUACUAUCCGCCUUUCGCUUCAUUUUUUUCUUUCUCAUUCUUUCCUGAAACUUUUCUUUCCUAUUUUAUUUUUCAUACAGCAUUUUCUCAUUUCCUUUCGCAUCAUUACUACACAUCAGUCUUUCUUUCUUUCUUUCUUUCUUCCUUUCUUUCUUUCUUUCUUUCUUUCAACCAUUCUUUCAACCUUUCUUUCUUUCUUUCUUUCUUUCUUUCAACCAUUCUUUCAACCUUUCUUUCUUUCUUUCUUUCUUUCUUUCUUUCAACCAUUCUUUCAACCUUUCUUUCUUUCUUUCUUUCUUUCUUUCUUUCUUUCAACCAUUCUUUCAAACCUUUCUUUCUUUUCUUUUUUCUUUCUUUCAACCAUUCUUUCAACCUUUUUCUUUCUUUUCUUUCUUUCUUUCAACCAUUCUUUCAUUUCUUUCUUUCUUUCUUUCUUUCAACCAUUCUUUUUUUCUUUUCUUUCUUUCUUUCUUUCAACCAUUCUUUCAACCUUUCUUUCUUUCUUUCUUUUUUUUCAACCAUUCUUUCAACCUUUUCUUUCUUUUCUUUCUUUCUUUCAACCAUUCUUUCAACCUUUCUUUCUUUCUUUCUUUCUUUCAACCAUUCUUUCAACCUUUCUUUCUUUCUUUCUUUCUUUCAACCAUUCUUUCAACCUUUCUUUCUUUCUUUCUUUCUUUCUUUCAACCAUUUUUUCAACCUUUCUUUCUUUCUUUCUUUCAACCAUUUUUUUUUCUUUCUUUCUUUCUUUCUUUCUUUCUUUCUUUCUUUCUUUCUUUCAACCAUUCUUUCAACCUUUCUUUCUUUCUUUCUUUCUUUCAACCAUUCUUUCAACCUUUCUUUCUUUCUUUCUUUCUUUCAACCAUUCUUUCAACCUUUCUUUCUUUCAACAUUUUUUAUUUCUUCUUUUUUUCUUUCCUUCCAUCUCUUUCAUUCUUUAUUCCUUUCUGGCAACCUUUCUCCCUCGCAACUAUUUUAUUUCUUUUCUGCAUCAUUGUCCUUUCUUUUUCUCCUUAUUUCUUUCUUUUUCAUUUAUUCUUUCUGUUUUAUUUGUUUUUUUUUUACUAUUUAUUUCUUUCACACCUCUGUCUUCAGUGAUCAGUGAUAUUUCUCUCCCUCUAUCUAUCUAUCUAUCUAUCUAUCUAUCUAUCUAUCUAUCUAUCUAUCUAUCUAUCUAUCUAUUUAAAUUCCGUCACCAUGCUGUGAUAAUUCACCUGCUUGUAUCUUUCUUUCUUUCUUUCUUUCUUUCUUUCUUUCUUUCUUUCUUUCUUUCUUUCUUUUUUUCUUCUUCUCUCUCUCUAUUUAUAUAUGUGUGUCUGUGUCUGUGUGUAAAAUAUGUAAAAUUCUGA